AUGGCGGCGCCCAGACGCGGCGCGCUGCGAUUGGCCGGCGGGCAUGACCACGCCCCUUUCUUUGUACGGUGUCAUGGCGGCGCCCGCUCGGCCGGGCCGGCGCGGGGCGGCACUUCCGGUCCUGCGCAGUGCGCGGCCGCGGCCGCUCGGUGGCGGCGGCGCCGGAGGAGCUGCGCGGGCCCGCCAAUCAUCGUCCUGGACGACGACGAGGAGGAGCGAGGCCCCUGCCCCUCCCCCCCAGGCCCCUCCCCCUCCCCCCGAGGCCCCGCCCCUCCCUCCCCGGCGGGGCCGCCCCCCCCGAACGGGGCCGGGGGGGGGAGGGGCGGCGCCUUCUGGGAGGAGAACGAGCAGCUGUUCCAGCAGUUCCUGUCGCUGUGCGCGCCGCUGACGCAGGAGCACCCCGAGGUGCUGCCGUUCCUGAGCUCGCGGCACCUGCGGGCCCACCCCGACUUCCGGGGCUCGGCCGAGUUCCGGAACAUUCUGGGCCGGCUGCUGCGGCGCGUGCGGGGCCGGCGCCGCAAGGUCUACGUCUACAUCAACGAGCUCUGCACCGUGCUCAAGGCGCGCGCGCUGCGCCGCCGCCUCCCGCUGCGCGCCCCGCCCGCCGCGCUCCAGUGCCCGCCCGCUUCCCACCGGCAUUCCCACGGAGCGCUCCAGUGUCCUGACGGAGCGCCCCAGUGUCCCGUUGGAUCCUCCCAGUAUCCCGACGAAGCGUCCCAGCAUCCCCCCAGCUCAUCCCAGCACCCUCCCAGUUCAUCCCAACAUCUUCCCAGUUCAUCCCAGCAUCCCCCCGGUUCAUCCCAGUGCCCUCCCAGUGCCUCCCAGUGCCCGCCCGGUUCAUCCCAGCCUCCCCCCGGGGCCUCCAGUUCGUCCCAGUAUCCCGACAGAGCUGAGCCAUCCCCGUGUGCCACCAGUUCAUCCCAGUAUCCCGCCAGGGAUCCAUCCCAGUAUCCUGGCACUCCAUCCCAUUAUCCCGGUGCUUUGUCCAGCGAUGCCAGCGCUCCAUCUCAGUAUCCCAAUGGUUCAUCCCAGUGCUCCAGCACCUCGUCCCAGUAUCCUGGUGGUUCAUCCGGCGAUCCCAGUGCCUCAUCCCAGUAUCCCAGUGGCGCUUCCCACUGUCCCAGCACCUCAUCCCAGUGUCCCGGCGCUCCAUCCCAGUAUCCCGGCAGUUCGUCCGGCAAUCCCAGUUCUCCAUCCCAGCAUCCCAGUGCUCCAUCCCAGCAUCCCAGCGCUCCACCCGGCAACGCUGGCGCCCCGCCACAGCCCAGCAGCGCCUCCGAGGGCUCCCCGCGGCGCACGGGCGGCUCGCGGCGGCAGAUCCGGCACCUGGAGCACCUGCUGCGCGUCUACGCCAGCGAGAUCCGGCGGCUGCAGGAGCGCGAGCUGGACCUGGCCGAGCUGGACAGCGCCGACUCGCCGUACCUGCAGGAGAACCGCCUCAAGAGGAGGAUGAUGCGCAUCUUCCGCCGCCUCUGCCAGCUCAAGGACUGCAGCAGCCUGACGGGGCGCGUGCUGGAGCAGCGCAUCCGCUUCCGCGGCACGCGCUACCCCGAGGUGAACCGCAGCAUCGAGCGCUUCAUCAACCGGCCCGACGCCUUCCCCGACUACUCGGACAUCCUGCGCGAGAUCCGCGGCGCCAGCGCGCGCCACGGGCUGGGGCUGGGCCGGCGGCAGAUGGAGAACAUGGCCCAGGAGGCCUUCCGCGAGGUGGGCAACCGGCUGCAGGAGCGGCGCCACCUCGACCUGGUCUACAACUUCGGCAGCCACCUCACCGACCAGUACCGGCCAGGCAUGGACCCGGCGCUGUCAGACCCCGAGCUGGCGCAGCGGCUGCGGCGGAACCGGCGCCUGGCCCUGGCCCGGCUGGACGACGUCAUCGCCCGCUUCGCCCAGCGCCAGGAGCGGCACCGCGAGAGCGGCACGGCCCGGAAACGCGGGAGCGCGAGGAAGAAAGAGGAAGAGGAGGAGGAAGAGGAGGAGGAAGAAGAAGAUGAGGAGGAGGAGGAGGAAGAUGAAGAGGACGAGGAAGAAGAGGAGGAAGAGGAGGAGGAGGAAGAAGAAGGAGAAUCCUCUGAGGCUGAAGGGCGGGUGAAGGUCAAGGAGGAAGAGGAGACAGAGGAGGAGGAAGAGGAGGAGGAAGGAAGAGAAGCCACGGCAGCACAGGGUGCGGCCGAUCCGGGGGUUCCGACGCUGCCCCUCCCCCCCCCCGCGGCCGAGGGAGGGGGGGGGUGUCCCGGGAGGGGUCGCGAGCCCCUCCCCUCCCCCAAACCCGAACUUUUCGUGCUGGAAAUCGAAACUUUCCCCCUGGAGCCGAGCGAGACCCCUCCCCCCUCCCCCUCCCCCUCCCCUCGCCCCGCCCUGGGCGGCUCCGAGGCCACGCCCAAAACCACGCCCCCCUCCCCCCCUUCCCCUCCCCCCUUCCCGCUGGAUUUGGGGGCGCGGGGGGGCCACAAGCGCCCCUCCCCCCCCUCCCCGUGCCCCUCCCCCCCCAGGGCCGCGCUGGGGGGAGGGGCGGGCGCUGCCAUCAGCUCCACCUCCCUCAAUGGGGGAGGGGCCGCGACCCCCCCGGGACCCCCCCCCAGGAAAUGGAGCCGGAUGGAGCAGCCCGGGGGGGGCAGCCUGGCGGUGCCCGGGGGGGGCUCGCAGGGGGAGGGGCCAGAUUUGGGGGGUGCCCCCCCCUCGCCCCUGCCCGACUCCACCCGCGCCGACUCCCCCGGGGGGGACCUGGUGAGCUCCUCGCAGGGGAGCCCCCCCCGGGCAGCGCCCCGCGCCUGCAAGGCCAGCGUGGGAACGCAGUGCGACCCCGAGGAGAUCAUCGUGCUCUCGGACUCGGAUUAGACCCGCCCACCGGCGCUGGCCACGCCCCCGCCCGCCAGACCCCGCCCCUUGCGCGCGCAGACCCCGCCCCUUUGCCCCCUCCCCCUCAAUAAACCCCGCCUUUUGUUUAA